GCCGUCAUUAUCUCCAUCAAACAGAAAGAUGUUUUCAAUAUCCAGGUUGCACUUCAGACCAGUGUAUUUCUUGUUAAAAUGCCUCGUUCUGUUAAUAUUAUAGCUCCCCUCGUCCCUCCUCUUCACUCUCUUAAAAACUCUUCAGGUUUUUCCAACUGAGCGAUUCAGGCUGAGGCGGGCGCAACCGCACUAGAGAGGGAAGUCAAGUCGUGCUGGACUGGCGCGAUAUCCUCGCACCGUUCACAACUAAAAGAAGAUCUGACCCGCGGUUUAAUCAUGCUUUUAAAUGAUGGACUAUGUUGAUUUUAAAAGUUGACCAGGGAUUUCUAGUUGUGGGGUGUUUGCGAGGCAUGGCUUUCCUUUUAACUUGCUUAUUUCUGUCUUGUUACAGUGCGAGCAGUGUUUGGGGAAACCAGCACGGUGAUACCAGUAUUUAUUUGGAUAACAUCACGCGCAUAUUGGAUAGAUUACUGGAUGGCUAUGACAACAGGCUACGACCUGGAUUUGGAGGUCCAGUUACAGAGGUCAAAACUGACAUCUUUGUCACCAGCUUUGGACCUGUUUCAGAUGUUGAGAUGGAAUACACCAUGGACGUGUUCUUCCGUCAGACAUGGAUCGACGAGCGGCUGAAAUUCGAAGGCCCCAUCGAGAUCCUGCGGCUCAACAACCUGAUGGUCAGCAAGAUCUGGACGCCAGACACCUUUUUCCGGAAUGGCAAGAGGUCGAUCUCUCACAACAUGACAACCCCCAACAAGCUGUUUCGCAUCAUGCAGAACGGAACUAUCCUCUACACCAUGAGAUUAACUAUAAAUGCAGAGUGUCCCAUGCGCCUGAUGAACUUCCCGAUGGAUGGCCAUGCCUGCCCGCUCAAGUUUGGGAGUUAUGCUUAUCCUAUCAGCGAGAUUGUGUACACUUGGAAGAAAGGUCCUCUAUCCUCUGUGGAGGUGCCACAGGAAUCAUCCAGUUUGCUACAGUACGACCUCAUCGGUCAGACUGUGUCGAGCGAGAGACUCAAGUCCAACACAGGCGAAUACGUCAUCAUGACCGUCCACUUCCACCUGCAACGGAAAAUGGGAUUCUUCCUGAUUCAGACUUACAUUCCCUGUAUCAUGACUGUCAUCCUGGCUCAAGUCUCUUUCUGGAUUAAUAAGGAAUCAGUUCCAGCUCGGACUGUCUUUGGUAUCACCACUGUCCUGACCAUGACAACACUCAGCAUCAGCGCCCGCCACUCCCUCCCCAAAGUUUCUUACGCCACAGCCAUGGAUUGGUUCAUUGCUGUUUGCUUUGCCUUUGUCUUCUCCGCCCUGAUUGAGUUUGCAGCCGUCAACUACUUCUCCACCCUGCAGGCCAACCGGGAGUUGAGGAAGGCAGCAGCCAUGAAGGCGGCAGCUCAGGAGGCAGCCGCUGCAGCUGCAGCUCCGGCCGCAGCCACGGGGAACGACGGAGAGGUCUCAGUGGAUGCCAGCAGUGUACUGAAGAAGAGGAUGAACUCUGCCCCGCUGUUUGACCGCCCUGCUAAAACAUUCCCCAACCCCCCUGUCAAUGCCCAAGCCUUCCUGCAGCAGGGUUCAGCCGUACCAGCCAACAACGUUCUGACUGGCACCAGUAUCAUCGACAAAUACUCCCGCAUCCUCUUCCCCCUUUCGUUUGGCGCCUUCAACCUGGUCUACUGGAUCGUCUAUCUCACUAAGGACACGAUGGAGAUGUCCAGGGACACCGUUUAAGCCAAGAGUUCGUCUUCCUGGAAAUCACAUACACUGUCAUACACCUGCACACACGCUCACACACACAUACACAAUAAAUAGAUGACAGACGCUUGCCAAGCACUCUUUUAUGCCGCCUCAGUGCAUUGUAUUUCUUUUUAAGUACUUCCCUGGAAAGUGUGUUUUGAGAGCAGAUGUACCAGCUCUUUUUGCCAACUUGACCCGGGAGCUCACAGCCUGUGGGCCCCAGGCUCUGGAUAAAAUUCAAACAGGUACUACAUCGCUCUGUCUCUUUCAUUUCUAUUUUGUGUUCCCCGAUAUUUAAAGAAAGUUACAUGUUAUGACACUUUUUUUAGUGUCCAUCCUGUAUCCCCUACCCAAGUGGAUGGGGCAUGACGCAACAGCUAAGCUAGCUAGGCUGCAGCACCAGAGGCAGAGCCACUACUUUGUUGUACGUAUUUAUUUCUGUCGGCAUGCAGUCCCACACGAUAGUUAUUUUGCAUGUGUGUUUGAAAUGACACACUCCCUCCACACUUGAGGGAAUGCGUGUACCCAGUGACCUUACUGGAUCCAGUGUGACUGACUGAACUCACAGCUCUUCUCUCUUCCUCCUCCCAAAACACCCGCUAUUUUUCACUUCAUUGGCCUAAUUUCCCUCCACUGAUGGAGUACAGAGAAUGUGAGGCAAAAUCUUCAAAGGGUUUUUGUGGUGUGUUCCACAGAUACAUUGACCAGCUUCAAUAUUUACUGUCACAUGCACAUGCGGAUGGAGAAACGUGCACAUAUGCACACAAAAAUACAGACACUAAAACGUACACAUAUGCCACUCACUUACACUUAAGGCUUUUCAUGAUUUCCACAAUGUCAGGGCUCUAUUUCCUGGAUACCCUCCAGACAGACAACAACUCUGAAUCAUCAGUGCAGGAUCAAAUGACUAUCAUAUAAAACAACUUCUUGUACCAUUUUUAGAAACACACAGUACCUACCCAUAGGAACAAGAGAGGAGUGCAUUGCCAAAUUGUUGUUAAAAACUAAUGUUCAAGUUCACUGUGUAGGAUUUAUGGGGAUAUAUUGGCAGAAAUUGA